UUGCCCCUAGGCUAUGCAUUUUAAAGGUUUAUACCAAAAACUUAAUCAACAUUCUGCUUUUACAGAAGGCUCGUUAAAUCUUUCCGAUGUUGUUUUAACUAUAGCGACAAAAAUCCAUGUGGCAGUAAUAAAAUACAUUUGUUAAGUUUACUGUGUGAUUUAUUUUUUCCAGCGUAAUGCACACAUGUAAAUCUAAAGUACACGUUGAUUUAAAGUAAAUUAAAAUUUAAAUGGUCUACUCAGGACAUGUUAAAAUAUUGAACUCAUGCUGAAGGUGACCAAGUUAUUCUUAGUAAUGUAUGUUAAGUCAUGCUAUUAUGAUAGAAUCAGCAAAUAGCAAGACUUAACAUACAUUACUAAGUCUACAAAAUACAUGUAUUUACUGUUCGCCCCAUGCAUAUUUCGAGCCUUAAUCUCUGUGUGUAGAUAGCAAACACGAAUAUCUAGCUUUGGAUUGCAUUUGGGUCAUUUUGGGGUCAUUCGAAUACAUCUCGAUGUGACUGUUAUUAAAAGUAGAAAAACAACAAACAUGUGGUUUUUCGGCCAAUACAAUGUUUUUGUAUUGACCAAUCUUGAUGAACGUUUGGAUAUAACAAAAUACGAGUUUUAUCGGUUUAAGGUCAUGGUCACUGUUUUCUUAACAUAGAAAAACAGUUUCCGUUUAAUAACUUGAAUUUAGAUGGAGAUAGUAGGCCUACUGGAAUUUUGUGUUUACGGCACUGUGGCAAGCUGUUGCUGAUAAAAGAAAAAUUCCAAGCAGUUCAUGAUGCGGGGGCAUUGAUUAACAUAUCUUCCAGUAUUUCCGAUGUUCAACAAAAGCUUGUAACUGCAAUCGAUGAAACACGUGAAUAUCUUAAGAAACUACAGGAUUCGUAUGAUAUAGCGUGCGUUGAAAUUAAAGCGCUUCGUCAGAAAAUCAACGACAUACUAGAUGAAUUGGAACGAAAUACAAUACGGGACUUGGACACUUUGCUGCACACACGAAAACAGUCUUUACAAUCUGACACAGACACGUGUUUAAAAGCUAUCAAUAGUUUAAAGAAAAUCGGUGAUGCGAUAAAUAAUAUUGAAAAGGGCCAAAAAGACAUCUCAUUUAUAGCGUACCAAAAAGGAUUUGAAAUGAGCUCUGAAGCUGAGAAUCUGUUGAAAGAAUUGGCUGUCAACAAAAGUCCCUCAGUAGCGUUUAACAAAAACCCAUGUAUUGAACACACUCUUUCAGAUCUGUCUACUCUUGGGAGUAUUGAAUGUGUUGAAAAGCAAUCGUACAAAAACGAAAACUUUAUACUCGAAUGUAAGACACAGUUUCUUCAGGAUAUUCGAAUCACAUCUGAUAAAACGAUAGGCGACAUAAGAGGCAUAUGUGAGCUCUCUUGUGGAGACAUUCUAAUUGUAGACAAAAGAAACAAAAGAGUUAAGCUACUCGACAUUCAGUAUAAAGUUGUUGCGCACGCAGACCUUAUUGGCUCUCCAAUGGAUAUGUGUACUAUCAGUCCUACCGAGGUCGCUGUUACAUUUGACGAGAGUAAAACAAACAUGAUCGUGCAGAUCCUCAAUGUCAAGGACAGUCAGAUAUAUACUGGGAGAAAAGUUGAUUUCAAACAUAAAUGUCAUGGCAUUGCUUACUUUAAAAACACGUUGUUUAUCACGUCACUAACUGCCCUGUAUCAGUACACACUGGAUGGACAGCUGGUGAAGAAGAUCUAUGAAGAUCCUUCAAUUGGAGACACAGUAUUCAAGUGUGCAGUAAGUCCCGAUGGAUCACGGCUGUAUGUAACCAAUUUUACGUACGACAGGCUCCUAACCCUGACUAUGGAUGGCACUGUCCUGUCAUCUUUAGAAGACCCUGCACUUGCGGAUCUUAGAGGUGUAAACGUGUCAGAGACGGGACAGCUGCUGGUAUGUGGGCGUCGCUCACACAAAGUCGUCCAGGUGGAUGGUGAGGGAGGAGUGGUGACGCUGGCUUCCAAUAAGGAUGGUCUGAAUAGGCCGGGGUGUGUACACUACAGUGCACGUACUGGCAAGCUGAUUGUUGGACAUGCAAGUGACACAAUUUUGGUGAUCAAUACAAAAUGAAAACCACUGAGAAAUAUCGACCAUGAGGCGUUUUAGUAACAAUUUACGGCGUAAAGAUGCCAUGGUAACGAAACAAAUAUAAGUAUAGAAAUAUUUACGCCAAUAUUUAAAUUGUGAAAACGGAUAUCUGAUUCUUAGUUACGUUCACUUAAGAAGACAUUGCUUUCAAAAACAUAUACUUUUAGGUUUAGAAAAAAAAAAAACACAACGUACAAACAUUGAACAAUGUAUUCAUAAUGUUAGACCUAAACCAUCGUCGGACACCCCCGGUUUAUUCAUUACGUUACUCUCCAUUCCUAGAGAGUGGAGCGUAACCAGCAGCCGUGGGUAUCCGACGAUGGACCUUAACAAAAGGAUGUUUCCCUGUUAUGUAUCCGGAAAUCGGUUAGGAAUGUACAAAGAACUAGUUUAGUUGUUAUAUUUUAUAUCAUCAACAAGUUAUCUCCCAUACAAUGAUCAUUUUAAUAUACAGAAAUCGUCCUUGGAACACUUCGCUCUGAAAUGUACAACGUAAUUAAGCGAAUUUGAUAGAAUGUAGCGAACAUUGCCGAAAAUUCAACCUGGAAUAAAAAGAAAAACUUGUCAAGGGUUGGAUCGAGAAAUUAUGGUCGACCGGGUUAGUGGAAACAACAAUCUGCCCUUCCAUGCGCUUCUCUAUAAUAGAUAUUUAUGCAUUGUGUCAUUUAGUCUUUUUUGGAUAUGCGAAUUUCGGACAUAGACAUUCUAUAUUGUUUAAUCCCUUUACUAUUUUAUUUGUUCGCGCUGGAUGUACAAUAUACAUUUCAAAUAUUUGUUACACAAAUCAGUUUUUUAUUCGUUUUAUUCGGUUAUGCAUGGUAUAUCACCCCAAGUAGAGAUAUGUAUUAAAAUCAUGCAUAUUCCCUCUUUUCAAUCAUGAAUAUAUGUAGAUGUAAUGUUGUUGUUAUCGUUGAUAAAAAAUACUUCGAUGUUA